CCUCCAUAAACCUCAAACUAUGGCUCUGCGCUUCGCAUUUAUCGAAUUAGCAUUGUUUGGUCUCGGCUCCGCCUUGGUGUCGAAGGAUGGAGUCACUGGCCGACUACCAGCAAUGGGCUGGAACUCCUGGAACGAAUACGAGUGCGCCAUUAACGAGACUGUUUUUCUUACAGUUGGCGAGCUGCUCGUAUCCCUCGGCUUAAAAGACCUCGGCUAUACGCACGUCAACAUUGAUGAUUGUUGGAGCGACAAAGAAAUACAGCGAGACAAUGUCACGGGAAAGAUUAAUCCAGAUUACAAGAAGUUCCCUCAAGGCAUCAAGCAUACCGCAGAUGAGAUCCACAAGCUCGGACUCAAGCUGGGCAUCUAUGGUGAUGCGGGCACUCUGACGUGCGCUUUGUAUGCUGGUUCUCUAGGCCACGAAGAGCUUGAUGCCCAGACAUUUGCUGAAUGGGGUAUUGACUAUCUAAAGUAUGACAACUGUAAUGUCCCACACGAAUGGGAUGAUGAGUAUCGAUGGUGGCCGGAUAACUGGCGAGGAGGACCUCCCAACGAGGACCAGACUGCUGGCGGAGUUGGCGAUUCUAAUCAAGCCGUGGCACCACCAGGUUAUGACUGGACAACAUCAAAAACCUUCGAUCGCUACAAAACCAUGCGUGAUGCUCUUCUGGCUACCAACCGAACAAUCGAGUACUCACAAUGCGCAUGGGGUCACGCUCACAUCGAUGAGUGGGGCAACAGCACUGGUCACAGCUGGCGAAUGUGGGGCGACAUCCAUCCUGUAUGGCCAGUUGUCACGACAAUCCUCAAUCAUGCAGCGUUCUUCUACAACAGUAGUAAUUUCUGGGGCCACGCUGAUUAUGACAUGCUCGAAGUUGGCAAUGGCGACUUGACUAUCGAGGAGAACCGCUCGCAUUUUGCGAUGUGGGCAGCCUUGAAAUCACCCCUUAUCAUCGGUACACCGCUUGACGGUAUCAAGCCAGAAAUCUUAGCAAUCCUGGCCAAUAAGGAGCUCAUUGCCUUCAACCAGGACCCAAUCCACGGAGAAUCCGCUAAGCCGUACAAAUGGGGCGUCAAUCCGGACUUUUCGUGGAAUCAAUCACAUCCCGCGGAGUACUGGAGUGGGGAGUCUUCUAAGGGCACCCAUGUGUUUGUUCUUAAUACAUUGGACACUACGCAGAACAAGACAGUUGACUUUGCCGAAGUGCCAGGACUAGAUGCAAAGACUGAGUAUACUGUUAUUGAUUCGUGGACUGGCAAAGAGCAGGGUCGCUUCCAGGGGAAGUAUCAUGCUGUUGUUGAACGACAUGAUACAAUGGCGAUUAGAAUCGUCAAAGCCGGUAGUAGCGGCUAUAACUUUCAAAAGAUAUUGUGGUGAAACUUGCGCUUCCCACUUCCAGAACACCCUGUUCUAUAUUUGCGGGUCCACAAACGCUCCUAUCCCAAUUAUCCUGAAAUAAAGCAUAUGCAUCGUUGAAGUCUUGGUAAACUCCGGGACACGAGUUCGUGAGAGAAGGAUAGCGUCGUUCAUCCUUUGCUCUAAGCCGAUUUUCAUACCCGUUCUGGUUGUUGUAGAGAUAUACCUCUCAUUAUUAGGAGGGUCGAUAGGAAUCUGUACAUGCUCUGUCCACAUAUGCUCAGAUAGAUUAGUUUCUAGCCUACCAUCGUCGUUUUGCCCUAACCAACUUCAAGUGACUUUUGGCACUAAUAGCAAGCCCAGCGUUCUUGGCAACUUAUCCUUUGGCAAGCAAGUAUGUCCUACAAACUCUUUAUGAAAUGUCAAACUAGCU